CGCAUCCUCCAUUCCAUCGAUCAUUCAUUCCCCUCAUAUCUCUCCUCUGCUUUCUCAUCAUCAUCUCUCCUCACUUGCUACUCAUCCCCUUUCAUUCUGCUCUCCGCCGCCGACUCUGCGAAUUGAAUGGAUCGGUCCUGACCUGCAUCUCCCCCAUCACCUUGCCUUGCUUUGUCCGGAAUUCCUUGCGCAGCCCAUCCCGACCAAAACAGGCUGCUACUAUUCCCGGCCGUCGAUUGCCCUCAUUUUAAACCAGCACCAGCCAAGACGCCAUUCGAGAGACUCCUCCUUCAACAUGAGCAACACGGACUUCCUAGGGCGGGCGAUUGACACGGUUAAGAAGGCCAUCGAGAAUGACAACGAGGGCGAGUACGAAAAGGCCUAUCAGCUGUACUACUCCUCCCUGGAGCUGUUCAUGCUGGCCUUGAAAUGGGAGAAGAACCCGAAGUCCAAGGAAAUGAUCCGCGCAAAGACGGGCGAGUACAUGGAUCGCGCGGAGAAAUUGAAGAACCAUCUGGCUCAGUCGGACGGGCGAAAGAAACCGAGCGCAGUAGGCGCCAACGGCAGCGUGGCGCAAGGCAGUGGAAAGGGCGGGAAAGAGGAAGAGGAUGGCGAGGAUGCCGAUUCGAAGAAAUUACGGUCCGCCCUUGCGGGCGCCAUCUUGUCGGAUAAGCCCAAUGUGCAGUGGGAGGACGUGGCGGGUCUCGAGAGCGCCAAGGAGGCCUUGAAGGAGGCGGUCAUUCUACCGAUCAAAUUUCCGCACCUCUUCACGGGGAAACGACAGCCGUGGAAGGGUAUUUUGCUCUAUGGACCUCCUGGUACUGGAAAGUCGUAUCUCGCCAAGGCUGUCGCAACCGAGGCCAACAGCACGUUCUUCAGUGUGAGCAGUAGUGACUUGGUAUCCAAAUGGAUGGGUGAGAGUGAAAGACUCGUGAAGCAGCUUUUCAACAUGGCCCGAGAAAACAAGCCAGCCAUUAUCUUCAUCGAUGAAGUCGACGCCCUUUGUGGGCCCCGUGGUGAAGGAGAGUCCGAGGCGUCGCGCCGAAUCAAGACUGAACUGCUGGUACAAAUGGACGGAGUAGGAAAAGACUCCAAGGGUGUGCUAAUUCUGGGCGCAACGAAUAUUCCAUGGCAACUCGAUGCUGCCAUUCGACGUCGGUUCCAGCGAAGAGUCCAUAUCAGUCUUCCUGAUAUCAACGCACGGAUGAAAAUGUUUAUGCUAGCAGUGGGCUCAACGCCAUGUGAAAUGUCGCAAGGCGACUACCGAACUCUUGCAGAGAUGAGUGAAGGAUACUCUGGUAGCGAUAUCAGUAUCGCUGUGCAAGAUGCACUAAUGCAACCGAUUCGCAAAAUCCAAACAGCGACCCAUUACAAAAAGGUCUUGUUCGAAGGCGCAGAGAAAUUAACACCGUGUUCGCCAGGGGACCGCGGCGCCGUCGAGAUGUCAUGGAUGAGUGUGGAAGCAGAACAGCUACUCGAACCGCCUCUUGUGCUGAAGGACUUCAUCAAGGCAGUUCGCAAUUCCCGGCCCACGGUCAGCCACGAAGAUCUCAAGAGAAACGCAGAAUGGACCCAAGAGUUCGGCAGCGAGGGUGCUUAGUCCGUCCACGAGUACGACUGUCCCCAAACCCUCUGUCAAAGUUGAAAUCGUGAUCCUUCAUUGCAUGUCACGGGCUGCCUGAUAUAUGCGUUUUCUUGUCAUCUUCCUCACUGGACAUAACUCUUGUCUGGUUGAAAUCUUUCCCACCCUUCUCUCCCACUACUUAUCUGUCUCUCGUCCUUUUUAUCCAUCUUAUACAUCUCCUCAAGCUCGGUGUUAGAAGCGUUAUCGUUGUUAGGCGAGGCGAGGCGAGGCGUUGCAAUUCUCUUACGAACCUAAACCUGUCUGUCUAUUCACUCGGGUUAAAUCAGUCCACCCUCACUGUUACAAGCCUUUUUCUUCCUCCUUUCCAGGCCAAAACCGCGCGUUUCUGUGUCUAUUUCAUGAAGCAUAUCAUUGAAGAACAAGAUUUUAUGAACUUUAUUCAUUUUGCUGGAUCGAUUACCAUGGUUGCCUCCUUUUUCUCGUUGGUUUGUCUGAUGUUUUGUUUUCUUGUGACAUUGUCCUUUGGAGAAAGGAAGUAUCGGCUAUUGGAUAACACUGUUGUUGACUCUUUAAACCAAUAUACCAUGUUAAAAUGUCAGUUUUACUUCCAGGUCUUAAUGACGUUAACGAAAAUUCAAAAUUUACUGAACCAUCUUUG